AUGCCCGAAGUAUACAACGUUCCAACACAAAAGUCGAUUGAUGCCGAGAAUCCUCCCCUUAUUGAGGAACCAUCAUCGCCAAGAAAGAAAUCCUCAUUCCGUCAUCAUGGUCGUCAUGGAUCUCCUUGCGAGAAAUGCGGGCACAUCAACACUCCCACCUAUGUUUAUCCAGUUGAAAUCUAUCCUCCACCUCGUCCCGCUGAUCGAAUUCGUCCCGAUAACCGCAAUUUCAUCGGCUACAUUCUUUUGUUGGCGGCUUUGAUUUUCCUCUUUUACGUGGCUGUGAAAUAUUUC